AUGGAGUAUAUCUCAAAUGAUGAAAGUUCAAAUGAAAUAUUACAAGAAAAUAUGGCUGGAGAAAUAGAAUUAUCUGAUACAUCCUUUUGCAAUGCUAUUAAAAAUGAUGACUUUAAAGAAGCAGAAUACAUAAAAGAAGAAAAUGAAGAGAAUUACAUCUUAGAUGGAGAAAAACAAAAAGAGAAAGAAGAUGAAAAUGAAGAAGAGGAGGAAGAAGAGGAAGAAGAAGAGGAGGAAGAAGAGGAAGAAGAAGAGGAAGAAGAAGAAGAAGAGGAAGAAGAAGAUGAUGAUGACGAUGAUGAUGACGAUGAUGAUGAUGAUGAUGACGAUGAUGAUGAUGAUGACGAUGAUGAAUAUGAUGAAGACGAUUUUAACGAAGCUACGGUUUCUUGGAUUGAAUGGUUUUGCCAAUUGAAACAAAAUAUAUUUUUAGUAGAAGUAGAUGAAGAUUUUAUAAGAGAUGAAUUUAAUUUAAUUGGAUUACAAAAUAAGGUUCCUCAUUUCAAGAAGUUAUUAAAAAUUAUACUGGAUGAAGAUGAUGAUGAAGAUGAUGAUGACGAUGAAGAUGAUGAUUAUGAUGAAGAUGACGAUGAAAUAAAUCGUGGUUCUGAAGAACUAUAUAAAAAUAAAGAUAUAUAUGAGCAGAAUGCUGCUUGCUUAUAUGGAUUGAUACAUAGUCGCUUUAUUUUAACAUCUAAAGGUUUAGCAUUAAUGAGAGAAAAAUAUAAAGCUGGUAUUUAUGGUACUUGCCCAAGUAUUUAUUGUGAUAAUGCAAAGCUAUUACCAACAGCUAUAUCUGAAGUUCCUAAAUUUUUAAGUCCCCUCUUAUAUUGUCCUAGAUGUUGUGAGACAUAUUAUCCACAUAAAAAUUCCUUACUUAAUCAAUUAGAUGGAUCCUAUUUUGGAACUAGUUUUGCAUCUUUUUUUGCUUUAUCAUUUAAUAUUACUUCUGAUAAGAAGAAAGUUUAUUAUACCCCACAAAUUUGUGGAUUUACAAUAAAUAGAGACAUGAGAGAAACGUUAUAUAUGGAUGUUAAUAAAGAUAAUAGUGAAUCAUCAGAAGAAUAUUCAUAA